CUCUGUCACCAGUCUGUGGUUGAGGAAGGCUUUUGCUUCUUAUGCUCUGUAUAAGGGGAGGCAGAUAAAAUGCCAGGUCUGGACUGCCUCUGGGGAUAACCUCACCCUGUGGGAUGUGAAUGAAUAGCAUCUUGCCUGCUAAAUUCCUAGGGAUUGAUAAGGCAAGGAGCAGUUUUUCCAAAGAGGCCUUUUUCUUUUUUAGCUCUGGCUGUGGUUUCUGCAGCAGAUUUGUUUUUGCCUUAAAAGAGGUGCUGUGGAUUGUCAGACCUCCAUGUAUGACAGUUUGUACCUGCAUGGAGUUGAAGACUCGGAGGCUGAAGAAUAAUGUGAUGUGUUACCCAAGAUGGUGUGAACAGAGCUUCAAGCCAAUGGAGAAGACUAGGCCCAAAUAGCUGAGCCGGUGGAGUGCCAGAUAAAGCCACACCUGGAGUGCCACAUCCUCGGCAGUCCCUCUCAGGGCCAAUGCAUUUAUGGCUGGUUCAGCAGAUUCCUAUACAAGCAGGCCGUCGGAUUCCGAUGUCUCUUUGGAAGAGGACCGGGAAGCGAUUCGGCAAGAGAGAGAACAGCAAGCAGCUAUCCAGCUUGAGAGAGCGAAGUCCAAACCUGUAGCAUUUGCCGUGAAAACGAACGUGAGCUACUGCGGCGCCCUGGAUGAGGAUGUGCCCGUUCCCAGCACAGCCAUCUCCUUUGACGCCAAGGACUUUCUUCACAUCAAAGAGAAAUAUAACAACGAUUGGUGGAUAGGAAGGCUGGUCAAAGAGGGCUGCGAGAUUGGCUUCAUCCCAAGUCCGCUGCGCCUGGAGAAUAUACGCAUUCAGCAAGAGCAGAAAAGGGGCCGAUUUCAUGGCGGGAAAUCGAGUGGAAACUCUUCCUCCAGUCUCGGAGAAAUGGUGUCAGGGACGUUUCGAGCGACCCCCACAACAACAGCAAAACAGAAGCAGAAAGUGACGGAGCACAUCCCUCCCUACGAUGUUGUGCCAUCAAUGCGCCCGGUGGUGUUAGUGGGGCCAUCCCUGAAAGGUUAUGAGGUAACAGACAUGAUGCAGAAAGCCCUCUUUGAUUUCCUGAAGCACAGGUUUGAUGGGAGGAUAUCAAUAACAAGAGUGACAGCUGACAUUUCUCUUGCUAAGAGGUCUGUCCUCAACAAUCCCAGCAAGAGAGCAAUCAUUGAACGCUCCAACACCAGAUCCAGCUUAGCGGAAGUACAGAGUGAAAUUGAAAGAAUUUUUGAAUUGGCGAGGUCUUUGCAACUGGUUGUUCUCGAUGCAGACACCAUCAACCACCCAGCACAGCUUAUCAAGACCUCCUUAGCCCCCAUCAUUGUUCACGUGAAAGUCUCCUCUCCGAAGGUUUUACAGCGGCUGAUUAAGUCCAGAGGAAAGUCUCAGAGCAAACACUUGAAUGUUCAACUGGUGGCAGCCGAUAAACUGGCCCAGUGCCCGCCUGAAAUGUUUGAUGUUAUAUUAGAUGAGAAUCAGCUGGAGGAUGCGUGUGAACAUCUGGGCGAGUACUUGGAGGCAUACUGGCGUGCCACUCACACAAGCAGUAGCACCCCCAUGACCCCAUUGCUGGGGAGGAAUGUGGGCUCCACAGCCCUUUCACCAUAUCCCACAGCGAUCUCUGGAUUACAGAGUCAGCGAAUGAGGCACAGCAACCAUUCUACGGAGAAUUCUCCCAUUGAGAGACGAAGCCUAAUGACCUCUGAUGAAAAUUACCACAACGAGAGGGCUCGUAAGAGUAGGAACCGCUUGUCCUCCAGCUCCCAGCACAGCCGAGACCAUUACCCUCUGGUGGAAGAAGAUUACCCCGACACGUACCAGGACCCUUACAAGCCCCAUAGGAACCGAGGCUCGCCUGGGGGAUACAGCCAUGACUCCCGACACAGGCUUUGAGGCUGCCGGAACAAACAAACAAAACUACUCAUCUGUUGACAAUUUGCCAUAGCACUGCUAGGAUAAAUCAAUCAUCUUAAUUUGGCAAGCACAGCACAGCAUCUGCUGUGCAGUGGGCUGCAGUCAUUUGAUCUAAGGGGCAAGAAUUAAAUAGAAAUACUUUAUGCCCUUGAGUCUAGAUGGGUAUUCGAUGCCCAGUCAUAUAGGUAUUUUUAAGUGCUACAUUUACAUGAUAACAGUACCUUUUGUUUUCUUCAUAGAUUUUAGACACAUCAAUUUGUAAUUUAGGGUACUUAUCAAGGCACAUAUAAAAUAAUUUCCCGUGUAGGAAAUUCCAAAUGACCAGUUCCAGUUGGAACCAAUUUAUAAACCAAUUCCUGUUGGAAUUUGGGAGAAUUGACUGGAAAGUCUACUUGAGCAUGUUGAAAUCAAUUGAAAAAUCAGAAAAAAUAAACCCCAAUAAGAAAAUCAAAAUACUAAUAGAAACCCAAAGCCAGCUGUGGUAUUUAUUUGCUGAAAGCUAAAUUUCUACUUCAAGUUGGAAAGUGUAAACAUUUUAAUAAUAUGUUAAUGUUGCCAGGAUGGCUUUUCAACCUUACCAAAUGUAUUGAUAGUGCCAAAAAUCUCAGAAAUCUUAAUGCAGAAAUUAUAUAAUCGCCUCAGAUUCUAAUAUUUUUAUUUUUCCUGAUACAGCUGUCGUAUUCCAAGUUAUUUUGCUUUCUGUUCAGUCAGUACUGUUAGUCAGUUCGAAGCUAACAAAAUAAGGGGGAAAGGAGUUUAUUGGCAAUGAGAAUAAGAAAGAGAAACCCAGGCAUGGCUAGUUAUAGGACAUGGGAAAUGAGGUGCUGUUUCUGCUGUAACCAGUCUGCGUACAACUACACACGUCUGGAGAUCUGAAGUCAGAUAGCAGAGAUGUGGCCAGGCCUUCCUAGGACAAAGGCAGUCGGCUCCAGAUGGGAAGUCAUCCGUGCCACCACACCCAACCCUGGCACAGGAGUUCUGCCAGCAUAGCUCAGUGUCCUUCCCUGACUACACUCAGUAUCUGUCUUUGACUAGAAAUAAUGUUUUAGGCAUACACCACAGUUUUUAAAUCAAACUAACAACCUUUUUUUGUUUGUUUUUCAUGGACAUAAUCAAAUUUGGUACUGAAAGUUACGUUUUCGCAAGAAAAACGAAUUGGGAAAAGUUAAAACACUGAAUUAAAAUCUUGCAGGAAAAAAAAAAAACCUGACAGACUCAGAAUAUAUUUGUUCACUAAAAGUAAGGCACUUUUAACGUGGGGCCCUAGAGAAUUUGGGGACUGCUGUGUUUCAUUGCUAGUGAACAGCCUUUAGAUUUCCAAUGAGUGUUAUGUUUGGAAUUGGUGACCCAUAUCCUAAAGAUUAAAGAAGACUUUAAUCCAAUAAAUUAUUGAAAUUGACUCUUUUAUACAAGAAACAAAUGUCUUUAUGAAAGGACUUGUUUCUAAAAAUGACACAAUGCAUGUGUUUUCUAAAACCCCAACUGAAGCUAGACAUAAAGGUCUCUUUCUACUAACAAAUGCCUUGAAGUCAAUGUUUUGAAAACAAGUACAAUUAACUUUAUAUUGUUAUUUUCUUCCAAAAUUUCAAGACCUGAGCCCUCAAAGCCAUGUAUCAGUUCAUUAAUUUUCCUGAUUGAGAGAAAAUGUUUCCUAUUCUUGACCAGUUAUUCAUAUCUCUAGUCCCAUCGACCUCAUGUGCCCUCCCCUUGUCUUGACUGUAUGUGCACCCCGUCAUGUACCUGCUCACCUGAUGAGGCUGCCUGAGAUCUUGUAAGUAAUCUCCACAUUUGAUACAUUUGAACAUGGCCUCAGUCAAAUAUACAAGCUGACAUCUGAUCCCGGCUUGCCAUCUCUUUUGUCAUCUAGCGAAGCUUACAGAAUUUUCUGUUAAGACAUUUAAGAGAGCUGUAUUCAUUGGGCUCUUUAUUAAGCAUAUAAUCUUCCAUUACUGAAUACUUUGUUAGAGCACAGAAGAGCAAUCUCCAGCAAAGAAACUCUAUUUAUUACAUGUAUAGCACAUAUUUGCAUGAGAAAGAAAACAUUAGCCAAACAUUUUCCUGUAUGCUUUACUGGUUUCUUGUUUGUGCGCAUAAAAGCAUUCAAUUGCGGAGAGUACACUCUGGUGUAUAAAUUUAGAAUAGACUGCUGUUCAGCUUUUUCUGCAGUAGCAUUAGCAAUUUGGUCAUUUAACUACUUUAAGAUAUUUAUAUUUUAUGGCAGGUAGCUGUAACAGCAUUUACAUAUACUUCCUAGUCAACAAAGGUACCAUUUCUUUCAACUUUGAAGAUUCACUUGUUUUUCAAACCUCUCCAGCUUUUCUUUUUCCCCUUUUUGCUCUUCCAUGUCAUGCUGAAAGAGGGAGGCCCAUUUAAUCUGUACACAAAACUCAUCCAUCAUUAGUCAUCAAAAGUUCGUACCUAGUUUGCUUUGCAGUCCUGUCCAAAAGCUAAUAACAUUGAAAAGGGUAAAAUGUAUAUUUUUGAUGGAUGUAUUUACUAUUUCAUUUUAAUUUGGCGUAUUUUUCAUCUUCCUCCUCUAAGUUUCUCUCCUCCAAAAGAAGAAGAGAUAUGACUCUUACUUUCCUUUUAAAUGCUCAGAGUUGCUUGUGUAAAUGACAGAAAUCCAAAUAUAUACCAAAUAAAAGUUUUACUUUUGUGCAAUAUACCAAGAACCUCUAAGAAAUUCCACAGUUACUUUGUUUUAAUUCAUUUCACUCAAAAUGGCAAAUUAUGACAAGCAAGAGAACUAUUUCUGCAUCAUUGGAGGCUGUUUUCACUUACAGAAUAAAGCACGGUAGAAUUCUGUGGUUCUUUAUGAUCAGUAACAAUGCAGACUCAUCCAGCUAUGAGGAACUGUAGUCCUGGGAAAGGAAGAAAUGCGCUUUGUGGGUCCUUGUGCUUAUUCCCAAGGCUAUAAUGUUAUGCCACCAUCAUAAUCAACACUGUUACCUUGUUUAUGCUAACACUUAAAACAAAGCCUAGUGGUGUUUACGAUUUGCUCUCAUCUCUAUAUAGCUCUGAUGGGGAGAUUUGGAUUGCUAGCGAUUAGAGGCAUGGUUGUCCUAAAAAGACUCUGAAUUGUGUGACUAUUCAAAUCAUUGCAUUUCAUCCUUAAUGGAAUGAGUUUUAAAGUCUGAAACAAAUUGAGACAAUUAGUUCUACUUUAAAUAGUGUGUUAUUUCCUCCAAUUUAUUAUUGUUGUUUGCAGAAAUGUAUUUUUGGAAUGUUAACCUCUUCAUACCUGCAUACUUGAACUUGUCUUUUGUGUGGGGGCCUUAAAUUUCAUAAUAGAAGAAUGGGGAAAGCAAAAGGGGAACGAAGACAAGGAGACUGUGGCAAAAGAAGCUCGCCAUCUUCAGCUCUUUAAAUGAACAAGACACGGAGACAGUAUGUCUCCAAGAUAUGGAGACAGCAUGUCAGUUAAGAAUGUUCUAGGCAACCUUAAUUUGCAAGCUAGUAUAUUUUCUUAUAUAAUUUUAUUUUGCUAUUUGCUAAAAACAGAAGAACACAAUACCAACAUAUAAACUGCCCUAUCUUUCUGAUGAUAUGUGCACUACCUCUUCUCUAGAGAAAACAGUCUAUCUGUAAAGGGAAAUGUCCUGGUUGUAGAGCACUUGUUCUGACAACUUUGCCGCAGUUGAUGCUUAAAGGUGUUGAGAUACAGCUGCCCUGUAGAUUUACAUGGUUUUCAAAUGCUUUCACCAUGAUUUCAUUUCCAUGUCAGUAAGAUUUUCUUGGCAUUGAUUUAUGACUUAUCAUGACAUGAGUUUAAGAAGAAGCCAUCCUAGGAAAGAAAGCAAACUGAAAGGAACUACCUCUGUGUGCAAAGGGUGGCCGAUAGGUCUGAGGAAGAGAACUCCAGAGACCUGCUGUUUUAAAGGCGGAGCUGGUUGAUCCUCGCCUUGUGUGGGCAUGGAGGGUAUGUUGUAGCCACUUACUGGGUGUGGAUCUGCACUGUCUAGAACUCUCAUGUAAUUGGAACAAACGUCUUAUCAAUGUUUCAAAUAAAUGCUUCUGUAGCCCUUAUUCCUUUAUAUUUGCCUUUGUCUUUCAUGACAGUGUUAUACUUUUUAAUUAUAUAAAACUCAUCCUUGAAUAACCACGAGUGAAAACUUUACAGGAAAUUAUGUAACAAAAUGUGUUUUAUUAGUCCCUUAUCUUUAAACAUUGUCAACACUGUAACUGUUAUCUAGGCUAUUGACUUCAGCUGUGUCUGUGUGACAUCCACCCGUCCUUCUCUUUGAAAUCAUAAUGAUGAUUAAACCAGUUAACGUAAGAGCUGUUAGGUGGACAUAAAGAAUAACUUCUUGUUGAGUUGAGAAAUCUAGUUAAUCAAAAUAGCAAAACUAUUUGGGCAGAUAGCCACAGCAUUCAGAAAUAAAUCUUCAAGAUUUCUUCUUGUGUUAAAAGAGCCUUUCUCCAAUGAAAUGCAUCCUCUGAUAGCAAUGUUUUUAUCUACUUGUAGAUAAUUUAAUUCCAAAUGCUGCAUGUCAUGAAAGUAUAUUAUGAGGAGAUUAGAAAGUAUCUCAUCGGAUAAUCUUAAUUAAGGGCUGUAGCUCCCACUUGCCAUAAAUACAUAUAAAUAAGAGGGAACAGUGCUGAGUUAUAACAGUGGGGAGUUAUAAUUUUCCAUGAACCUUUCUUUUUGGUGGAUGUAAAAUGUUCACACAGAGAGGGAAGAAAAUGUCACCAGUGAAUUCAAAAUAGUUUAAGGAAUACACUGAUUCUUCCUCGUUUGAAAGCUGUAAAGAGUUAAAAUGGGAGCUGGGAGCUGACAGUAAUAGGCCUCUAGCUUUUCAAGAAUUCUGAGUUAUAUUUUGAACACUUCAAUCUCCCAACAAAUGGCUAUAUCUAUAUUUAUGCAGGGGCCUUUCUCGCCCUGCUCGCAUGCCACUUCACACACUUCACCGAGAUCAGUGUGAAUUCCGUAUGCACAGGGACAUUACCGACGCGGGGUCAUUAACGCUAUAUUGUUGCAUACUAUUUUUUAUAUGCCUUACAAUAUUUUCUGGGAUGUUAUUAAAAUGAAAGCAUUUUAUUGCCAAAAUAAACCUAUGUUGUUACUUCUGCAUUAGCAGUAGAAAAAUAAUGUAGCAAAAAUAUAUAUUGUACAGUACAAAAUUAUAAUAUAUAUAUAUUUUGCCAAUAAAUGAAAAUAGAUUGAGGAGAAAGAAGCACAUUUGUUAUAGCACAAACUUACAACAAAACCCACUGUUAAAUUUGGCAGUCCUGUUUUUAGAAGUACGUAGAUUUGGUUCUGUGUUUUAUCAUAUUUAUUUCAUCUCUCAUCUUUGUAACUUUGCUACUUGAUGUUUUCCAGCAACUUAUUUCAUAGCCUUCGAUCUGUGAGUGUAAUUUACUUAUUUUUUCCUUACAUAAAACAUAUGAAUUUUA